AUGUUGGUGAUCCUCUUCGACCUUGAUACUCUCCUCCACAACACCGUGGAAUUGUUGGGCUCCAAACUCAUUCCGGCAUUGGAAUCACCAGAACGACUGGAGGUGAUCGUGAAGGCGUUGCGCAUCUCAGAGUAUGAUGUCCGCACCAUCCAGCUCCGCUCUUUGGGGCAGGAUGAGCGAACGUCUCGGGUGACUCGGCUCAGCUUGGAAACCCACAAUGACGGGUAUCUUCAGCAUCUACGAGAUGUCUACGAAGAAUGGACAUCGGCCGGCUUGAUUGAAAAAGACGGACAUGUCCUAUCGGAAUGUUUUUGGUUCCCCACAUCCGUCGGGAAACCGAUACAACCACCAAAGGAUCCUUUUGCGCGAGCGGGAUAUUACGCUUUUGACAUGAGCACCAGUAUCAUGUCAGAGAGCUACCGAGCGAUCAUUGCGUCCGCCAAUCUCGCCUGCGAAGGCGCCGACAUGCUGUCAAGAUUUCCCGGCCAUGAUGUCGACACGGUCUUUGCUCUCUGUCGACCUCCCGGACACCAUUGUGACGGUCAACGUGCGGGUGGAUAUUGCUACAUCAACAAUUCCGCUCUGGCCGUGAGCUCAUGGCGAGCGUCGAAUCCCGAUGCACGGAUUGGCAUCCUUGAUAUCGACUUCCACCACGGCAACGGCACACAAGAGAUCUUCUACGCCGAUCCCAAGGUCCUGUACGUCAGCAUUCACGGAGAAGACGAAUAUCCCUACUACACUGGGGCGGAAGACGAGCGAGGCACAGGAGGAGGAGAGGAGUUGAACAUCAACAUGCCUCUCAAAGUCGGCAGUCCCAUUGGGGAAUACUUGGAGAAACUCGAGUACGGCGUGAAACGGCUGGCCGAGUACAGGACCGAGUUCUUGAUUGUCAGUCUUGGCUUUGACACCUUCCAUUCGGAUCCGUUGGGGGGCUUUCAAAUUCACACCGAAGACUAUGAAACAAUAGCGAGGGCGACGAGACAAGGGCUAAGGGAAAUGCCUGUUCUCAUACUCCUCGAGGGUGGUUAUGUGAUUGAACAUUUGGGGGAAAAUGUGUUGUCAUUCCUCAAGGGGUGGAAUUCUGGUUGA